AUGGCAGCAGCACCACGGUACCACUACGAGCCGCCACCGCGGCUUUACGUGGGCGUUGACUACCGACGGGACCCUCUGUUUUUCCGCAUUCCGUCCCCGCGGGGCCCGGUGGGCGGCAUGCCGUGUGAGAGCCCGCACCAGCAGCGGCUGGAGGAGGGGGCCCUGCAGUCUGCCGGCGCAACGGCAGUCGCAGAGGCGCCGCUCCCCGCUGUGGUGCACGACUCGCCCAACAGGACGUCGCGUGGAAAAAUGGCGCCGGACUGUCAUGUGCAAAAACAACAAGAGGGUGCUAUGAAUAGCAGCAGUGACUCACCGAAGAUUCCACGUUUGGAGGUACCGGGUCGUGACAACAACAACAACCAUGGGGCGGUGUGGCAGAGUGAUCUGCUCUCCCCACGGGCUUUAAACAAAAGGACCUCAUGUCAUCCUUCAGCCUCUGUCCACAAUGAUACACGUGGCAGGAAGAGUGAGGCCAUUGCAGCAGCAGCCCAAAGGCCCCGCGCCCGUUCAGCUGCCCUUGGGAGUGAGGCUCUAUCUCGUCUGCUGAAUGACGGCGCAGCCCAUACCCCGCGGCUCACACGUUCUGCAAUUCUACGUCGUGAGUUCAACGCUUCACACACGGUGAAUGGGGACUCUUUUCAGUCUCCUUGCGGAACCUCAAGCCGUUACUACUUCAACGUUCAGCGUAUUUCGCAGGAAAGAAGGGGCGGAAACCCCAUUCACAGCAAGGGGGCGGGUGUCCUUUUAGAAGGCACUUCUAUUUGUACUACCAUUGGUUUGGAAGCUGGCUACUCUUCUGGGCGUGUGAGGGAGAGCCCAUCGUGGGAUGAUAAGUCGUCACCACGAGAAGCGAGUGCUUCUGCAAAUGCUCGUGUAGUUCACACGAGAGGCAGACUUGGUGGUGCCGAGACGGCCAGCGGCCGAGUCAAGUCGUCACGCCAAUUCACACGUACAGAUCGUGCCACAAGGGCACCGCUUAGUGCAGUGGAUAGAAAUCGGCAGCACAGCCGAGAAACCCUAAAGGAGCGGGAGGGGGUGCCCCCUGUUCCGGAGCUGCGCGACAUCGUGCUGCGACUGCAGAGAACUCGAGGUGUUGGGGUUAGGAAUGAUACAGUGCAAGCAGAUGGUGCUGCGCAGAGUUCUGUGACGAGGGUGGGAACAAAAACUCAGCCAGACCCUGAUAUUUUGUACGAUCAGACGAUGGAGGAAGGGAGGGAACCCUCCGACUCUGCGCUUGAUCGACAGAACGUGCCUCCAGUUGGAGAAGAUAUAUUAUCCUUGACCGACAUCGUCAGGGAAAGUGACGUAACAGUGCUAUCUGAUAAUGCUGAGGAGCUGAACGAUGGGGACGCUCAGGAGGAUGAAUACAAUCAUUGCUGUAUCAGAGGUGGAGACAAUGAUGUCGAUGUUGUGGCUUCGCACGAGUCGCAGGAUUCGGCAGUGAACCCGGACGAUGCAAAGCCUCCCUGCGAAGGUGUGGAAGUAACUUCCGACCGGGGUGCUUCUGGUCCACGAGAGGGUACAGUGCCUCCAGUGGACAUGGUGGAGGCGGUCUACGACUUCUCCUCGGAUGCAUUUUCAGAAGAAACAGAUGUCACGCCACACAGCCUGAGUGGUGAAGAAAGAGACGUGUCCUCCCCGCCGCCGUCAUAUUGGCGUGAGGAGACGCUUCCUAUGGUGGAGGCGAAGGCAGCGUGUUCGUCGCCGUCGGAGCUGAGCGCGGAAGACGACAUGCCGCAGGUUAUUAACCCUGGGCGAUGGAGCGAAGGCAGGGCCACUGCCACCGGGUCUCCAGAUGCCGUUGCGUCGGUCGGUACUUUGUCGUCGCUCUCGGGACGCGAAUUGAAGGAGCGGGUGGCGUCAAUCCCUCGCUUCCUCAUCGUGGAGUACGCGGCGACACGGAAGGUAAGGCCGGCGCGCCUCCCGACGAGCACUACGCUGCCCAAGUAUAUGGCACUCCGGCGGCGCGUCCAAUUGGACUUGCUGGGGGAAUUUUUCCGCGACUGGCGUGCAUGGAGCACGCGCUCCAUGACGGCGCGGCGUGUGGGGGAGCGUCGAACGGAUCGCCUUUCUGACGGUAAUGCUGUCCAUUCCGCAUGCCCUGCAGCUGCGGCUCAAACAGCUGCUCCAGUUGGAAACAUCGCACCGCAAGAAACGCAGCAUGUGGUGUGGGUGGACCCGACUGAGGAGCGGUGCGCCACUCCUGCAGGCGCCGCUGCGCCGUUGAAAGAGAAGAAAAGCCCACCACCACUCUCGAGUAUCCUGCUGGAGCGUGCGCGCAUCCAGGAGAACUCCUGUCAGUACGGCGGCCCGAACCGAGCGACCGGCGCCGCACACGAAAACACAGACAGAUCGGAGAGCAGCAGUUUUUGCUCAACGUUGUCAACCGCAAAGGGGGAGAUUUCUGGAGAUGAGGAUGGCAGCCCCCUUGCUGGUGAUGGUGGGCGGCGUGUGGCGGAUGUGCAGCAGUGCCGACCUCCACGUCCGUCUACUCCUGUCAACUGCACCUCGCAAGGGAUGGAAGGUAUGCGCAGCCACACGUCCAGUCCUUCACGCGAUGUGUCGAGGGAGUCAUCGGAGGAGGAGGAGGGGGAGGAGUCGAAGCGGACGGUGGACAUAGGGGAACUUUCGCCCAUCACAGAGGAGCAGGCAGCCCCCCCUCAUAGAAUCAAGUACUACCAUUUUGACUUUUAG